AGCAGCACUCCGAAGAUGGCCGGAGUGUUUGAGGUGGAGGUUGAUGGUGUAGAGCACGACCAUGGGUUACAACACCACAACCAUGGGUUACAGCAUCACGAUGAACCGCACCAGUUUGAUGUGUCCAAGCUUUCACCAGAAGAAAAGUGGAGGGUGGAGCAUGCAAAAAUGCAUGCCAAACACAAAGGUCACGAGGCCAUGCACGCAGAGAUGGUGCUGAUCCUCAUCGUCACACUUGUCGUCGCACAGCUAGUCCUCGUGCAAUGGAAACAGAGACAUCCAAAGUCAUACAAUCUGGUGACUCUGUUCCAGAUGUGGGUAGUUCCUCUCUACUUUACUACCAAACUGCACUGGUGGAGGUUCCUGACCACGUGGUUUAUCUUCUCUGUCAUCACAGCGUACAUCUCUUUCCGUGCCACUCGCAAGCCACUAGCCUGCACCACGCCGAGGUUGGUGUAUAAGUGGUUCCUCCUCCUCUACAAGAUCAGCUAUGCCACGGGAAUAGUUGGCUAUAGUGUCGUCAUGUUUACACUUUUUGGUAUAAACCUAAUAUUCAGGAUAAAACCAGAGGACGCGAUGGACUUUGGCGUUUCACUGCUGUUCUACGGGCUGUACUACGGGGUCCUGGGGAGGGACUUUGCAGAGAUGUGUGCAGACUUCAUGGCUUCAACUGUUGGGUAUUACAGUGCAUCUGGCAUGCCAACCAAGCACCUCUCUGACAAUAUCUGUGCUGUGUGCGGUCAGCCCAUCCUUGUCGAUGUCAGUGAGGAGGGGAUUAUAGAGAACACGUAUAGGUUAUCCUGCAACCAUGUGUUCCAUGAGUUUUGCAUAAGGGGCUGGUGCAUCGUCGGAAAGAAGCAGAUGUGCCCGUACUGCAAAGAGAAGGUGGAUCUGAAGAGGAUGUUCAGUAACCCUUGGGAGAGGCCACACGUCAUGUAUGGACAACUUUUAGACUGGCUCCGGUACUUGGUGGCCUGGCAGCCUGUUAUUAUUGGAUUUGUGCAAGGCAUCAACUACGUCCUCGGUCUGGAGUGACCUGCGACUGUCACAACAUGGACACACACCCCAUACGGAGAUGAUAUGCACUGGCUCAAAAGACUGAGUGCCUAACAUCGAACUAAAACACCAAUUAAAAUUGUCUAUACUUUUUUUGUAUAUAUUUAUAGGCACAUACUCUCUGUAUUUACAGUUCUUUUGAAUUUUAUUGGUAACCUGAAUUUGGAUGUCUUAUCAAUUUCCCAGGAUUUGCUUCACACAGCGUUACACCUUGAUGAUUGGUUUGUGCAACUUCUGGCCUAGUAAAGUGGUUCUAAAAAUCAUUAGAGAGGUGCUUUUUACUGAUUUAUGUCUUAAGUGUUUGUUAAUUAUUAGUUCAACGGUCAUGCUGGAGGUUUUCAUCCUCAUGUCUGAUGACUCUCGCACACGAGUAAUAAAGAUUGAAUGGAAAUCAACGCAAGUAAUUGCUCCCUGGGCCUCCAAAGUACAUUUACAGUGUCCACAGAUGGGGUACAUCUUGCCGCUGUGUAUCUUAUGUAAUCACUCGUACGGACUCAAGUGACAACAGUGAGUUUCCUAUGUGCAGCCAGUCAUGCAUCGUCGUCAUGGGGGAAAAAAAAAAAGUGCUAUUUGUAGUUGAACAGAGAAUUCCUCAUAGAGCAGUUGAUAAAAAGGAACUGUUACAGGAUUUCAAAAUGACCUCACUGUCUUCGUGGACUCUUCUAUACCAACAGAUUUACUUUGACCCUUGUGCUAUAUCUGUGUCACUAAGUUUCUAUGAGUGGAGGAAUGUCACUGUCCAAACGAGCUCUUCUGUUUUCAUUCCCACAGUUCACCGUUUGUAUUUAAAUUGUAAGUCCACAAAAAACAACUCGCCUGUGGUUGUAUCUUGCCUUGUUGAUAGUUCUGGGUUUUCGGCAGCUUUUCUUCUUGGGAACUACUUUCUACAAAAGAAAUGGUUCCUGUAAAACGUGUGUGUUCUGUAGAUUAUUCUAGAUGCCUGGAGUGACAUGUUGCUGUUUUUUUUUUAAAGGUAAUUUUUUAAUGCUGAGCACUACUAACUAGAUUGAACUCACCUUUGUUAUAUUGUGGUGGUGGCUGAAAUCGCAGAGAUGUCCCAAAGCCUGCCUUCUAAAACCCAAACUAUCUGCAUAGGCUAAAUACCACUAGACGUAAGUAAAAAAAUAUAUAGUUAUUAAAUAUUGGUGAACAUAAACUGUUCUGAAAUUGGGGCGAACCAGGAAGCACAAACCAAAGCUGAUACACCAGUUAGUAACUUAACUAAAACUAUUGACUGUUCAAACUACAAAUGGUUGGAAGAGGUAAACAAAAACAUUGUAGAAUGAUCCUUUAACUCGGUGAGCGUUGAUGAUUCCAGUCUUAUUUUCAUAUGAUCUGUUCAAGCCAAGGCCCCAAGGCCCCCUUUAUAUGUCUUUUCUAACCAAAGAUGCUGAAAGGUGGUUGUAUUUUUUUUGUGUGCAGGUACACAUGCCAACUCAAACAGAAAAGGGACUGUACAACGAGGCUAACAUGAUCAUUUUGUUUUGUUGAUCGGUUAAUAAAUGUCACAUGGUUUGGA